AUGGCGCAGCUUCACUCGACCACGGACGCGCGACCACAGGCGCAGGCGACGCGCCGGCGACGAGCGCGAGGCCCACCGCCGGCCCCGACCAACUCGCUCAUCCUGUGCCUCCCGCCCUCGCGCGUCCUCGACCCUCUGCUGCACCUUUUGCACGCCCACUUUGCGUCGGCGUACGGCACCCUCCAUGCGUGGACCCCGCUCGUCAGCUUUGGGCGCGUCGUCGCCGUGUACGCGACCGAGGACGAGGCGGCGCGGGCAAAGGGCGAGAUGGACGGCUUUGUGUGGGAGGACGAGCACGAGCGUACGGUCGAGCACCCGCAACCACUGCGCGUCUACUUCGGACCCACUUUCCCCCUCGACCGCCUCGCCUACCUCCCGCGCACGGCCGGCCACCCUCCUCCCGCCUCGUCCCUCCUUGAGGUGCCCGCCUCGGGAAAAAACUUCCUCAUCUCGCCCCCGGGCUCACCGCCAGUCGGCUGGGAGCAGAUCGAGGAGGACGCGCCCAACCGCCGCACGUUCCACGACGGCGACGCGUCCGACGACGAGGUCGACUUUGACGAGCUCAAGAAGGCCGGCGGCGGCGACGACGGGCGGUGGGCCGACGAGCUGUCAAAGGCGCUCCGGUUCUUGAGCGUCCAAGGCGGCGGCGACAGCGACGACGACGAGCUCGAGGGCGACGACGUCGGGCAAGAAGGCGACGACGAGGUCAUGGCCGACUCGGACUCGGGCCGCCAACCUCGCGCACCCUCGACCCACGUCGUCCUCGCCCCAGCACCCAUCCCUCCCUCGUCCAGCAAUUUCACCCGAGGCGGCCCCGACUCGCCAACGCUCCUGCGGCCAGCCGUCACCGUCUCGUCGCCGCCGACCGCACCUCGUCGGGACUCGUCCUCGUCGCCGCCGCCGACCGCCACGCCCCCGCCUGGCGCCACCAAGAUCACGUCGGUCAAGGCGACGUUCGAGUCGAUGCUCGGCAACAAGGGCGGCGCGCACUUUGCGCCGACGGCGCGUCCACCGGUCGCCUAGCCUCCCGAGCUGCGCGACCUCGUUCGUCGCCGCGUGGCUCGGACCUCGACCAACUCGGUGGGCAGGACACCGACGAGGGCGCCGUUGACGGCAACAGCUACGGCGCCUCUGCUACGCUCGCUUGUCUCGGGCGUCGCCGUCGUUCUCGAGCGUCUGUUCGUCCAUUCGAGUGCAAUGCCGUUCCGCGUCCCUCGCCUCGGACCAG